UUAUAAAACUUAUAAAUGAUAAUUAUUGACAUCAUAACCAGGCAAUAUAAACAACGAGAGGUUCAAAAAUCUUAUAUAAAACUAGAUAAAGAUUUGAAAAUGUAACAACAAACAUGAAAGAUGGGCAGAAUAAGUAGUGUCGUGUAUAUCAUUCUCAUUUCGGUGUUGCCUUGUGUCGCAUACAUCACAAGACUACCGUGUAAGCGUAAUGGAAAUUUCACGGUCAUUAAAACAGAUAUACGAUACUCUGGGACGGUGCAAGAGACGCACGCAGAUGUCACAGCACGUGAUUGUGCUCUGUUAUGCAUCUCGCACGAUACUUGCGCCUAUUUCAAUCACAAGGUGGAUAACACAUCUUGUGAGCUGUUAGCGAUCGAUUCUGGUACACAACAAAGUGGACAUGGGUGGAAAUUCUAUUCAACAAACUAUGGCACUCCAAACAGGGGACCUGUGUGUCGAUCACUAUCACCUUGCCCAAUGACGUCAGCUUGUGUUGAUAUUUGUGAGAGUCCUGGAUACCAGUGCAUCGCUAACAAAUUUCAAGGUUUGUAUGGAUCGCCUUAUGCGAGUCCAGGUUACUCUUCUUAUCCUGCGUCGCAAUUAACCGAUGGUAGUUAUGGUACGAUGGCAGGCACAAGUAGUAGCGUUGAUGCCUUCAUUUCGUUAAAUCUUGGUUCGGAAAAACUAAUAAGAUUUGUUACAUUGAUGAUACACAGUACAAACGACAGAUUUGAAAUAAGUAUCGGUAAUGUAAAUGCAAAAUACGGAAAUGAGUUUUGCUCAUUACUUCCGCCGUACUCAGAUGUUGAAAUGCUGGUAGAAUGCGAUAAUUACUUAUCUGGGCAAUAUGUUGUGUUAUAUCAUAUGAGAGGCAGUAGUAGUCCAAUGUACGCUUACGAUAUGAAAGCCUACGUAGAUGUGUAGACGUAUUAAUUUUAUGUUUAUUUGGAUAUGUUUUACUGGUGCAUCGCUAAAAGUUUAGGGGCAUUUUGUUUACACUUGUGUCUUUUUAAUGGUAACAAAUAGCUCUUGUACUUAAUGGCAAAGUUGAGUUCGUUUUACUUUUGACGACGCUUGUUGAGAAAUAACUAAUGUUUAAGCUUUUAUCAUAAUGCUUAAUCCCUACAAUCGUCAAAAAUAAAGGAAAAACAAUAUCAAUUUGGAAUGUCCCAGAUGACGAAGGGGACACGACGUCGUUUUGAUCAAGCUGAAUUUAGAAUCACACAAAAGUGGAGUUUUGUUCAAACAGAUUUUGUCACACAGGGCAGUGGCGUUAUCCAUCUCUUCAAACCAAGAAACUUUUGGAGGUCAACAACAAAUAACAACAACAAAUAACAAGAACAAAUAACAACAACAAAUAACAACAACAAAUAACAACAACAAAGACGCUGAAAAAGAAAAAUCGGUUAAUGUUAUGGUUAUGUUAUAUUUAUUAAUAAUUGUAUUUAUACUUUAAACUUUUUAGAUACUAUGUAUGUAUAUUAACUCUGUAUAUUUUGAGUGUUACUUUUUCUUUUAAAUGUUUUUGCCAACUUUGUAAUCAGUUGUUUUAAGCUUAAAACAACUUUUUAUGCAU